AUGGAAGUUAGGAACGGGAUUUACCUGUUGGUGCUGAUGGGAUGCCUCCUGAACGGCAUCCGGGCUACUCCAACCGGUUCGAAGCGUGUGUCUGACCAUACCGCGGGAAAAUGUGGCUACGAGGGAUGCCCUACCGUGGCAGAAAACAUGCUAAACGUGCAUCUGGUGGCCCACACGCACGAUGAUGUUGGAUGGCUUAAAACGGUCGAUCAAUACUACUACGGAAGCAAAAGCAACAUUCAACUAGCAGGAGUUCAGUACAUCCUUGAUUCGGUAAUUCAGGAGUUGCUGAAAGAUCGCAGAAGAAGAUUUAUCUACGUCGAGUCCGCUUUCAUGCACCAAUGGUUCACGGAGCAGUCACAGGACAUGCAGGAAACUGUUCGGGAGCUGGUGAAUGAAGGGCGCCUCGAGUUCAUCGGGGGUGCCUGGAGCAUGAAUGAUGAGGCCACCGCACAUUACCACAGCGUUAUCGAUCAGUUUACGUGGGGCUUACGAUUCCUGAACGACACCUUCGGCGAGUGUGGACGGCCACGAGUUGGUUGGCAGAUUGAUCCGUUUGGGCACUCGCGCGAGCAAGGAUCACUGUUCGCGCAGAUGGGAUACGAUGGGUUGUUUCAGGGUCGACUGGAUUUUCAGGAUAAGCUGAAGCGUAUCACCACGCGAACGAUGGAAAUGAUGUGGAAAACGAGUGACAAUCUGGAGGAAAGUGAGCUAUUUACGAGCGCACUAUAUUACAUAUAUGCUCCUCCACCGGGUUUCUGUUUCGAUGUGUUGUGCGAUGAUGAUCCUAUCAUUGACGGGCCUUAUUCGAAAGAUAACAACGUGAAGGAGAAAAUAGAUCUCUUUCUGGAUACUGUCCACAACAUGUCGAAAACUUACCGGACAAACAAUAUCGUUCUUACUAUGGGCGAGGAUUUUCAUUACCAGGAUGCCAACAUGUGGUUUAAGAAUUUGGAUAAGUUGAUUAAGUACACAAAUGCACGCCAGGCGGAAGGAUCCAUGGUGAACGUGUUCUAUUCCACUCCCUCCUGCUAUCUGAAAGCGGUUAGCAAAGCGUCUGUCGAGUGGCCAACGAAGUCAGACGACUUCUUUCCCUACGCAUCGGACCCCAAUUCGUUUUGGACGGGUUACUACACCUCCAGACCGACGCAGAAGCGUUACGAACGCGAGGGAAAUCACUUCCUGCAGGUGUGUAAGCAGCUCUCAGCUAUUACCCCGACGAAGGAAGCCUUCUACGAGUCCCAUUUGACGGUCCUUCGGAAUGUGAUGGGUGUGAUGCAGCAUCACGACGCCAUUACCGGUACGGAGAAGCAGCAUGUUGCCGAUGAUUACGCCCGGAUGCUGUACGAUGCGUUCGAAGCGUGUAGUGCUGUUACUCGAUCGGCAUUAAACCAACUGGCUGGGGAGCGAGAUUCCUUAAAGCUGGAAUGGGCGUACUGCAGGCAGGCAAAUGUCAGCUCGUGUCCUAUGACGGAGAACGCCGCCAACAACGUGGUGCUAUUGUACAACCCUCUCGGACAUAGUUCGAGCGAUUACGUGCGAUUGCCGGUGAAAGAAGGUGACUAUUUAGUGCGAAACGAUCGAGGACAAACGGUACCAUCGACGCUGAUUCCUGUCCCAAGUUCGGUGAUUGAUCUUCCGUUCCGGGAAAGCUCAGCAACUCACGAGUUAGUGUUCCACGCCGAGCAGGUUGCUCCAGUAGGCUACCGAUCGUACUUUGUGUCGCAGGAAAAGUCCGAUGCAUCAUCAUAUGCUGCGGAUAUCCGCCAGGAAGACAAUGUGAGUAUCGGCAACGACUACCUGACGGUCCAUUUCGAUGAGAACGGCUUUCUGAGCUCGAUCACGGUAGAUGGGAAGACUCACGCUUUGAAGCAGAACUUCUUCUUCUACGAGGGAGCUUACGGCAAUAACGAGGAGUUCCGUAACAGGUCCUCUGGAGCGUACAUUUUCCGGCCAAAUGGAACGGAUCGAGUCGUCACCGAUGUAGUGGAGCUGCAGGUUGUGAAGAGUGAUCUCGUGCAGGAAGUGCAUCAGAUAUUCAACGAGUGGAUCAGUCAGGUUGUUCGAGUGUACGCUGGUGAGGAGCACGUGGAGCUAGAGUGGUUUGUGGGACCGAUCCCGAUCGAUGAUGGCACGGGCAAGGAAGUGAUCUCUCGCUUCGAGUCAGACAUUGAGAGUGAUGGGGCUUUCUGGACGGACUCGAAUGGGCGAGAGAUGUUGCGACGUGUUCGGAACAAACGCGAGACAUGGGAGCUAGAGUUGGUUGAGCCGGUUGCAGGCAAUUACUAUCCAGUAACAGCUAAAAUUACCAUUGAAGAUGCCACUCACCGUUUGAGCGUGUUAACUGAUCGUGCACAGGGUGGCUCGAGCCUUCAAGAUGGACAGUUGGAGCUGAUGGUGCAUCGGAGAUUAUUAAAAGAUGAUCGUUUCGGUGUAGGAGAAGCCCUGAACGAAACUCAGUACGGGGCUGGCUUGGUUGCCAGAGGAAAACAUUGGCUUACGUUUGGCGCAUCCUCACGCAAUAAAUCGUUGGCAUACACUCAAGCUGCAAAAGAACGGUUUCUGCAGAAUAAGGUACACCUGCCUUCAUGGGUUUUUGUGUCUCCGUCAGGUGGGAUAGCCUAUGAGGACUAUCUGAAUCGAUUCGAGAAAAAUCAUUCGUUCCUUUCAAAUGCUCUGCCUAUGAACGUCCAUUUGCUUACCCUGGAACCAUGGAAGGAUGGUACGGUAUUGCUCAGAUUCGAACAUUUAUUCGAGAAGGACGAAGAUACGCAAUAUUCCCUGCCGGUUCAAGUCGACAUGCAGGAAGUGUUUGCAAAUUUUACGAUUGUUAGCGCUUAUGAAACAACUCUCGCUGGAAACCAAUGGAAGGAAACCGCACAGCGUUUAGCUUUUGGGCUAAAACAGAAGCAAAAGGAUAUAGCGCCUUUAGAUCGAAUGCCUAAAAAUCCUCUCCGAUUCGAUUUGAAACCGAUGGAAAUUAAAACAUUUGUCGUGCGGUUUGAGCAGAAAAUGACAUAG